AUGGAGGCAGCGAGAGAGCGCAUGCAGCCGCACAUCCGGUGGGGCGCGGCGUCGCCGGGCGCGGCGGGCGGCGGGCGGCCGGCGCGGCGGUGGCGCCCGUCGGUGGCGGCGGGGCGGUGGGCCGCGGCGGCGGCGGUGGCCAGCCCCGCGCGCGAGAAGCGCCGCAAGGAGGAGGAGAACGAGCGACAGCUGCGCCGAAAAACUUCCGGAGAGGUGAGCAUCGACCACGUUACGACGGAGGAGAGCACGACGGACGACGCGCCCGCGGGCGGCGGCGGCGCCCCGGGCGCGGGCGAGAGCGACGCCUCGCGCCAGGUGGAGGGCGAGGACGCGCCCAAGCGGCCCGCGCAGCUGCUGGGCAGCACCGCCCCCGUCCCCGCGCCCGCGCCUGCCGCAGCCCCCGUGCUGCAAGCGGUCACGGCCAAGGGCGUGACGGCGCGUGCCGAGCCCGCGGUGGCGCGCAUCGUCGCCGACAUCAAG